UCUGCUUCCUUCUUGCCCUCUCUCCCAGGUGCACCUCCAGCCCUAAGACAUGUCCUGCUACAACCAGUGCCAGCCCUGCCAGGCCUGCAGCCCCACCCUGCUGGCCAGCAGCUGCAACAAGCCCUGUGUCAGGCAGUGCCAGCCUUCCACCGUUGUCAUCGAGCCUUCCUCUAUGAUGGUGAUUCUUCCUGGACCCAUCAUCAGCUCCUUCACUCAGAACACUGUGGUGGGCUCCUCCACCUCCGCUGCCGUUGGCAGCAUCCUCAGCUCUCAGGGAGUGCCCAUCAACUCUGGCUGUUGUGACCUCUCCUGUAUCACCAGCUGCUACUGUGGCAGCAGCAGAUGUCCCCCUUGCUGA